CCGUUAGGCGGGCGCCAUGGCGGCGGCGGGGGGCGAGGUGUUCCUGAGAGCCCAGGGCCGGACGCUGACCUCCUUCCGCGAAGCACUCGCAGAACUGUCCUUGUUUUUAUGAAGUUGGUGAUGCUCUUCUGCAUUGAAGUUCAUCUGCUGCUUUCUUGAAUGAUCAUGCUGAGUAAUGGAGUCUUUACAUAGUAUUUCACAAAUAAGGAGUAUGAAUGGAAGGGGCCCUUCUACUUCAUCCAAGGAGCAGAUCCUCAGUUUGGGCUGAUGAAAGCUUGGGCAAUUGGAGACUGUGACAAUGGAGGUGAUGAAUGGGGAGAAGAGAUCAAAUUAACAGAGCAAGCUGUGCAAGCCAUUAACAACCUAAAUCCAAAACCCAAGUUCUUUGUAUUGUGUGGAGAUCUUAUCCAUGGAAUGCCAGGAACUCAGUGGAGAAAGGACCAAGAGCGGGAUUUGAAGAAUGUUCUGAAGAACACUGACCAGGACAUCCCGUUAGUAUUUGUCAGCGGCAAUCAUGAUAUUGGCAAUACUCCAACCAGAGAAACAAUAGAGACUUACUGCAAGAACUGGGGAGAUGAUUAUUUCAGCUUUUGGGUUGGAGGUGUUUUCUUUCUUGUGCUAAAUUCUCAGUUAUACUUUGAUUCUUCUAAAUGCCCAGAGUUAAAGCAAGCCCAGGAUGUGUGGCUUAAUGGACAGCUGGCUGUAGCAGAAAAACGUAAGUGCAAGCAUAUAAUAGUAUUUCAGCACAUCCCUCUAUUCCUGAGGAAUCCUGAUGAAGAACAUGACUAUUUCAACUUGGAAAAAUCAGUUCGUCAGGAGAUAAUGGAGAAGUUUCAUAAAGCAGGCAUUAAAGCUGUAUUUUCUGGACAUUACCAUAGGAAUGCUGGAGGAUCCUACAGAGGAUUGGAAAUGGUGGUUUCAUCAGCAAUAGGAUGUCAGCUGGGAGAAGAUCAACACGGGCUUCGAGUAGUUGUUGUCACAGCUGAAAAGAUUGUUCAUAGAUACUACAGUUUAAAUGAACUGAGCAGCCAAGGAAUAGAUAAAGAUCUUGUGGAUAUGCUUGCUAAGCAAAAUUAGGCUGUAUCAAGUCCCUUUUAAUGCAAGUGGUUGAUGUGUGUUUUUCCACAUUAAACGAAUAGGAAAUUUCAGAAGUUUCCACAAUCUAAAGAUACAGAUUUCUGAUUGUGCACCAUGCCCCAACACAACUCUCUAUUUGUUUUGUUAUUUAGGAUUUAAACAAGAACGUUGUUGAGAUGUUUCCCCUUUAGAAAAUGAGACCUCUGAGUAAAUGGAAAAAUAGCAGAACAAAUACGGUAAUUUAUCCUUGAAAAGGACUGUUCUAGGACAUUUUAUUCUGCUUCUGGACUUUUGUUACAGAGGAAGUAUAUCCAAGAAUAAGAGUAGUUGCUUCUAGAUAACCCUGCAGUUCAAGUCUAUUUUAAUUUGAUAUUUAAGUCAUUUUAAAAUCAGUAAAUUUAAUCAUUUCUAUUACACUGCAAACAAUAAAGAUGUGCCAUGUUUUUACUCCAGAGGGACAAAUCUAAAAACUCAGUGAAAUCAACAGACUCCCACUGACUGUUAACAACCUUUAGAUCAGUCUUUGUUGUUUACAGAGGUCAUAUUUUCUCCCAUUUUCCAUACUCAGUCCUUCAGAUACAGCAGCAAUAAGAGAGAAAACAUACUACAUUUUGCAAAGUCACAGCUUGGGUUUUCAUUAUAUCCUGAUUUUAUGUUAUGAAACAUCUAUAAAUGAUACUAAUACAGAUGCCACUGACAGAAAUUAAACAUGGAACAAUUAUUUUCCUUUUGAAAUUUAACGACCAUUCAAUUAGCAUAUAUUAUUGCCCUGUUUUCAAAAGUUGGAAUGUACAGAGAAAAUAUUCUCUGCAGAAAACUAUCAUCUUCAGUAGUCACAGUUGAUCCUAGACACGUGGAAAGCUUUGGUUUCUAAAUGCAUUUUAAGAGUGCUUUGUUGUAAUAUUAUAGCCAAUGAAUGUUAAAACCCUGUAAAGGGCGAAUUUUCUUCGUUGGAAUAAGUCUAAAAAAAACAAACGAUAGCAAAUAUGUCUGAUUUGUUUAUUGUUAAAUACAAAAAAAAACUGCCUUCAUUUAACUAACACAUACCUCUUUUUUUACAUUCAUGUAUUUAGUUGAACAUAUUGUAAUACCUGUCACACACAGGUUAGCCAACAAUAGAACUAGCACUGCUUUAUAACCUGAAGAUGGAAGAACACAAAUAAGACUGGCCAAAAAAGUAAUGAAUCACACACAAUCCCCCACCUGCCAGUCUGAUACAGUAGGAUACUACAGAAGUUAACAGAUGGUGAGAGAGGUGAUAUACUAUGCCAAAGCUUUAGUUUCAUUACAUUUUAGGCGCAACAGUUUAGCUAACAAGACACUUCAACAUUUAUCUGUGGGGCUGGUGAGAUUCUAAAAUUAACUCUGUAAAAUUUUGGACAGUUGUUUUCCUGAAAGAGUGAAACAGCUGUUCCUGUAGACAGACAGGACCAAAUGUGGGCUACGUUCCCAUGCUAUUGCCUCAGCAUAGGUCAUGUUUGAUUCAAAAGGAAAGGAUUCUGCUUUUAUUCUCCAACUAAUUUUGCUUAGCUGAAUGCUUUCAGUCUUACUUUCAAGGACACAUCUGGGAACUGAGAACUAGAUACUUAGAAAUAGGUAGAUACGUAAGUACCAGUUCAUUGGUAGUUAAGUUCCCAUUAUUUCUAAUACUUUUCAGAAAAACUGGCUGUACACAUACAUGUCCCUUAAGUCACAAAGUACUUUUAAAAUUUGGUCUUAGUAUACAGGAGCCCUAGUAAUCACAGCUAAUUAACAGUUUGUUGAAGUAUCUGAUGCUACUGUAUGUUUUGCGUAGGGAAGAACAGUCUCUCUGACUUAAAUCUUUUAACUGUGAGUUUAAAUUUUAAGACUGAAGUAGUAUCUGAGGGAUCUGAGCUAAUCUAAGCAUGCCAUGUUCUCUUUACUCUGGCACAGUAUUGUAAAUCAGAAUGUACGAAAUGUUUUAGCUGCUUUUUAGUAUGCCUGUUUAUUAAAGGAUAUAAUUUUAACUGAAUGUAUGAAGCUUGAGAGAGCCAAACUUAACUUCAGGAGAAAGUCUUUCUAUAAAUACGAAGAUUUUAAUAGUAUUUGCACAUAGUACUUGCACAAUUAUUCUAAAAAUAAUUUCAAAGUUAUGAUGUAUUAAUAUAAAAAAAGAAAUGUUUUAUAAACAAUGUUUCAUGUUUUAGAAAUAAUUCAAGU